UAAUUUGACAGUUACUGUUGAACUUUUUAUUCGAGGUUGUCGUCACCUGGGCUGUUGACAUGUCUACUAUCGGUUUAAUUUUAUUAUUGUGCGCAGUGUUAAGCGGUGUAGUGAGUUCUAAUUCUCAGACAGUCCACAAAAGAUUUGAAUACAAAUUUUCAUUUAAACCGCCGUAUUUAGCUCAAAAAGAUGGAUCUGUACCUUUCUGGGAAUACGGAGGAAAUGCGAUAGCGUCUGGCGAGAGUGUCCGUCUGGCGCCGUCUCUAAGGAGCCAGAAGGGUGCGAUAUGGACGAAGCAACCGAUCGGCUUUGAUUGGUGGGAAGUGGACAUCAUGUUCAAGGUCACCGGGCGGGGUCGUAUCGGAGCUGAUGGUUUGGCUUUCUGGUACACGACGCAACGAGGCGACUACACCGGUGAGGUGUUCGGUUCAUCAGACCGGUGGAACGGUCUCGCUGUUAUCUUCGAUUCGUUCGACAAUGACAACAAACACAACAACCCCUACAUCAUGGCCAUGUUGAACGAUGGCACCAAGAACUUCGAUCACAAGAGUGAUGGUACCACUCAGCUCCUCUCCGGUUGUCUCCGGGACUUCCGUAACAAGCCGUUCCCGACUCGCGCUCGCGUUGAAUAUUACUUGAACACCCUCACCGUUUACUUCCACAAUGGUCUCACCAACAACGAGGCAGACUAUGAACUGUGUUUCCGUGCGGAGAACGUGGUGCUCCCUAGAGGAGGUUACUUCGGUCUGUCGGCCGCUACAGGAGGCCUGGCUGAUGACCACGACGUCAUACAUCUCCUCACAUCGUCCCUGUACUCCACGCAACAGGCCGGCGGUCAGCAGAUCAGCAACGAUGAACAGCAGAAACUGUCCCAGGAGUACCAGCAAUACCAGCAAAAACUCGAGCAGCAGAAGGAAGAGUACAGGAAGGAACAUCCCGAUGAAGUGCGUGAUAAGGACGGAGAAUUCGAUGAUUGGUUCGAAUCUGACGGACAGAGGGAACUGCGUCAGAUCUUCCAAGGAUUAGGACAGAUACAGGAUGUUAUGAGAGAUCUGCACAAGAAAGUUGAUGAGGUUAUCGGGAAGCAAAUGAACUCACUGUCAAUGUUGACAGCGGUGUACAGCCACUCUCAAGGGCAACCUUUGCAGCCGACUCAACCCGGACAGGUUCCACAGAUGCCAGCGCUACCAAUCACAAGACAGGAUUGGGAAAUGAUGGCGACUAACAACCAGAUUAUGAUCAAUACGAUUGCUGAGUUAAAGGGUUUCAUGAUCGAAGUGUCACGUAAGUCUGACACGCUGCUGGCUGGCGGGGCGGGCUCCGCUCCAAGUCCGCAGCUGCUCAACGAGAUGCGAGAUGGACUGAACCAGGUCAAGCAGACCGUUGCGAGCGUCGCGCAGAGGAUGGCGGCAGCCCCACCCGUGGUAGCCGAGCCGAUGUGUGCCACGGUAUCGUGCGUGUCCACCACGACGCUGCUGGUGGUGGUCACCUGCCAGCUGCUUGUUAUGUUCCUCUACGGACUGUAUAAGGAAAGAAAGGAGGCACAAGCUAAGAAAUUCUUCUAAGUGUGUGUGUACCUACUUACGUACUUUACGUGUGAAUUUGAGAUCUUUUAACGAAGCCAUAAGGUUCACUUUAGCUUGUAUGUAUCAAAAAAUGUUCAUAAUAUAAACAAAAAUAGUUUAUAGCUAAAAUAUUUUAGUUAAACAAAUAUAUUAGUGUAAUAUAUUUAUACGUAUAAUAUUUUUUCUUAACAAUUUUUUUUUUUUUUUUGGUAAUUAUUGUCGACCGUAUCGCAUCGAAUUCCUAAUAUUGCACAAGAUAACUUUUAUGUACUAAUUAUAUAUUUGCAGACAGUUAUGUAUUAUAUCAAUUGAAUUAUUAUUUUUCUUGAUAUUUAGACAUUAAGAGGCGUAAUUGUUGAUUAUAGUGACUGAGAGGACGCUCAAGUGUACUGAAUGCUGAUUUUUUUGGAGAAUAUAAUGCUUUGAAAGUAAAUUACAUAUACUAAAUCUUUAAUAAUAUACAUAAAAGACAUACCAGUAGAUGUAGCGAGUUUCGGAGAAUGUUUUAGUACAUAAUCUAUACAUAUAAAUCUAUGUAUAUAAAAGCGAAAUACCGCUCACUGAUUAAUCACGAAAUCUCAGAAACCAUAACACGUACAGUCUCGAAAUUGGGCAGGUAGGUGCCCUAUAGGGCGUAGACAUCCGCUAAGAACGGAUUCAACGAAACUCCACCCCUUAGGGGGUAAAUCGAGUAUUGGAAGUUUGUGUUUUAUAAAUUUCGCGCGUGUAAAUCCGCAGGUUCAGCUAGUAUUAUUAUAUAAGUUGCUGCGCUUUGAAGUAUCAUCAGAUUUAAAUUUAGUAUAACAACGUGAUAAAAGAGAAUUUUAUGUUAAAAUUAGACAUUAGAGUCGAGAUGAUUCAGUCACUAGUCAUCGAUACACUGUACUAGAUUUCAGUCGAACGCUCACUGUUCGACUGAACUGAACUGCAGUCCGUACACCUGACUUAGUGUGACUUCGCCGUUCAUUCGCCGUGGACGUGUACAGAGCUGCGUUGGUAAGAUUUAGUUGUGUUAACUCCGAUUGAUAAUAUCGAAAAGGAGCAUAUCGUAAUAUUUGAGCGUCGUUUAAAUGUCAGAAUAUUUUUUUUUUUGUUUUAAAUAUAAUUAAAAAUGAAAGUCUGGUUGUGUGAAAUUGGCAUUUGUUUUUUGUUUUAUGAGAAUGUAUGUUGUAUUAUUUUUAUUAGUUGUUCUGUAGGUUUAUUUGAUUUUCGAUUGAUAACAACACGUUCUCGAAACGUUUCUCGAGUUUAUGGAAUUAUUUUGUCAACAAAACUCGCGUAUUUAAAUGGAUAUGAUCAAAAAUGUAAAGUGCAUUUUUAUUACAUGUAUAAAAAGUUAAAAUGUCUGUACGUAAGUAGAGUGAGAUGAGAUUCAUUUUUUUUUUACCGGCGUGACUGAGGAAACGGUGAUAUACCUGUACAUAAAUAAAUAUUUAUAUUUUUCUUUUAGUAAAUGUUAUUAUUUGUCACA